UUAAAUAAAGCGAUCAGCUGAAAAGCAUGGCCGUGAUGUCUGUUGUUGUUCAAAACAAGAUUUUUCCCGAAAUUAAGUUUGUAGCUGAUUACUAACAGACUCCGAUAUAAACAUGCCGUUAUAAACAAGGCUAGCAUUUACUGACGAAAGAUUUUCAAGAAUGGAACAAAAAGAAUGAAUAUUUGACUCGAGAAAUAGAUUCGGAUCGCCGACGCAUUACCGGACCCGUUUUGUGCUGAACACUGACCCGAGGCUACCCGCGACGCGUUUACUGCAAGUGCGUGUGGGAGACUUUGUUUUGCAAUAAAGCUUUAACAAAACAAACAACAUGCUGCGGACAACAUGGAUUGCAAUGCUGUUGGGUUUCUGGUCGUCAUUGUACCUUGCUGAUACAUAUUUAAAGACUCACAGACGAUGCGGAGAGCAGUACACCUCAUUCCAAGAGCGAUGUGGACUGUCCGUUUCCAUAGCCCAGUUGAAAUGCUACACCACAAAGUUCAACCGUCUCUUCAUCAGACUAGGCCAGUGUAAACCUCGUCUGCUUCGAACUUGGUUUUCUUGCGGUGCCUGCUUUGGGGUGGUGUUGAUGUUUGUUUCCAUAGCUCUGCUCCUGAUGACCUUGGUGAAAGCUUUCUCUCAAGAUAAACCAGAACAAGUCCUCACACCAGUGAUGCCAGGUGUGAAUCUACCCUUGAACCAGAUCACCUAUUUCUUUGCCGUUCUUCUCAUUAGUGGUAUCAUACAUGAGCUGGGCCAUGCUAUAGCUGCUGUCAGGGAGAAUGUCCGGGUGAAUGGCUUUGGUGUGUUUGUGAUGUUGAUCUAUCCUGGUGCCUUUGUUGAUCUCCACACCGAGCAUCUUCAAGCACUCAAUGCCAUCGGUCAGCUUAGGAUCUACUGUGCAGGGGUCUGGCAUAACUUCUUACUGGUCAUCUGGGGUGUGGUCAUCUUAAUGACCAUGCCUUACCUUCUAAGCCCCCUCUACCUGACGGGUAAUGGUGUGGUCAUUACAGAGGUCUUACCAAAUUCUCCAGUUUAUGGUCGGAGGGGUCUUGCACCAGGCUAUCAGGUGACCAGUAUUAACGGUUGUCCAGUUUAUAAUACAGAGACAUGGACACAGUGUCUGAGAGGUGUUGUCUUUUAUCCAGUCUUUGGUCAUUGUAUGCCUGCAGGCAAGGCACAACAGCUCAACAAAGCAGUUAAAUUAUAUAAGGGAUCAGGAGGGGAGAUAGAAUGCUGUAGGAAUGAUAGUGUAGCAGAACUGUGCUUCUCGUAUAGACUGGGCGAAGAGGCUGAAAAACCAGAAAAGAUGUAUGCUUGUUUAGAAGCAAGGCCAGUGAUAGAGCUACCUCGAUGUCAUAAAGCCAGUGAUUGCCUUCAAACUAGAAAGAUGGUCUGCUUACAUCCAUCAUUAGAUAACUCUAGUCGUCUUCUAAGAGUAGCUCACAACUCAGGUCCUCCUGUACUCUAUGUAGGUGAUCCAUACUUCUUCAGCUAUACAGUGAGGAUCAGCAGUUAUGUUCCCAAGUAUGAUUGGCUUCCUCUUACUCUGCCUGAGGUCAUAGAAAUGUUCUGCAAAUAUUUAAUCUCCCUGUCUGGUGCUUUAGCAAUCCUCAACGCAAUGCCAUGCUAUGCCUUAGAUGGACAGUGGAUCCUAAUGGCAGCCAUAGAACACUUCUCACCAGGUUUGAUACCAAGUCCAUCUGAUCGUAACGUCAUCUACAGUCUUAUUAUGAUCUUCGGUACCAUUAUCCUCAUUGCUAACGUCGUUCUUGCCAUGUUUACGUUGGUUGCUAGGUAGCAGAGGGACUCAUGGGAUUGGGCGGGACUUUUUUUUAAAUUUUAUGAAAGUUUUCAUAGUUUUAUACAGCUUUUAUAAAUGUGAAAACAAUGAAUAUUCCAAGUAUUAAAUAAUGUAGAAAUGCAGUUAUUUCUGUACGAGCUCAAAUUAUAUUUUAUUUUGUCGAUGACAGUCAAUGCAUAAUUGCAUGCAGGCUUCCAUUAAAUGUUUUUAGAACUGAAAUCAUCUUGGCAGAGUCUCAUGAAAAUGUUGAAUACAUUCCGUAUGAGUUUCUGCUUUUAACUUUUGUUGCUGUAUUGUUAUAUGACAACCUGUAAAAUCAUUUCCAUUUCUUGAUUAUUUGGUAAAAACACAAGAUCCAUCAGCAAACACAUAAUUUUUCUAAUUAAUCUGUGAACACCAGUAAUUUUUAAGUGAAAUAACAGAAUGUAUUGGUGAAAAAAAAUUCAGUGAAAACAAAUUAUCGGCGAAAUGAUUUUAACAAGUACCUGACAUGGACUUGGUUUGGUUGUUUUCACACAAUUUAAGAAAGUUUUUUUUUAUCUAGAAAAAGUACAAGGGUCUGUCAUGUACUAAACUGUGUGCUUUACAAAUACUCAAUUAUCCCAGGGGGUGGGGGCACUUGCUGCCCCUGUUGAGCAUGAUACACAUACUAAAAUCAUUGAAAGUUAUCUUGGGCAUUUUCCCCAAUGGGUGAAAUUCUUCACCUAACCAUGAACCAUGCAUUCAUCUUUGUUUCAGAGGUAUGCAUGACAUGUGAGUUUGUCUUGCUAACAGGUCAUAGUCUGA